UGGCAAUGCGAGACGCUGAAAUCUGAAGCAGAUCUACGCCCAGAGGGAUGAGCAAGAGGGGGGACAAGGCAGCCAGGAGCUCCAUUUCUCUCUACUGCUCUCCCUUCCUCCUCCAGAGCGGGGCUGGCCCAGCUGAAAGGGCCUCCCUCUCCUCCACCACACUUUUCCCUCGGAGGUCAAUUUCCUCAAUCGCAGGUCAUUAGUCCCUAGGGAAGGCUGCCUUGCUUCUCCCAUGCAGCAGAUGUUUUGGUAGAAAGCCGGGAACUGGCGCUGCUGCCUCUUGCUAAGAGGAAAUAAACCAUAUAAAUAUGAGGACAGGGCUCUUCAUAGACGCCAACGCCCGGGGACCAAGCAGAAGACUGUGCCAUUCACCCGGACCCUGGUCCGAUGGAAGUUCUCCUAAGAGCAGGGAAGAAAUUUCUUGCUCCGAAGCCCCAAUACAAUGAAUUCUGACUCCAGCUCUGUCUCCAGCAGAGCUUCCUCGCCAGACAUGGAUGAGAUGUACCUGAGAGAGCACCAUCACCACCAUCACCACCACCACCAUCAGGACAACCGGCUCAACUCGGUUUCCUCCACUCAGAGCGACCUAGUGCAGAAGAUGUCCGGGGAAGGCCUUUCCAGAAACGGCUCCAAGGCCGGAGGGGAAGGCAGCAAGUACAAAAUCAAGAAGCAGCUCUCGGAGCAGGACCUGCAGCAGCUCAGGCUGAAGAUCAACGGGCGGGAGCGCAAAAGGAUGCACGACUUGAACCUGGCCAUGGAUGGGCUGAGGGAGGUGAUGCCCUACGCUCAUGGACCUUCCGUGAGGAAACUCUCCAAAAUUGCUACCCUCCUGCUGGCCAGAAACUACAUCCUGAUGCUCACCAGCUCCCUGGAGGAGAUGAAGAGGCUGGUGGGUGAAAUCUAUGGAGGACACCACUCCGCCUUUCACUGCGGGACAGUGGGACACUCAGGCGGGCACCCGGCCCACGCAGCUAGCACGGUCCACCAGGUCCACCCCAUCCUUGGCAGUGCCUUGACUUCAGCCAACACCUCCUCCCCGCUGUCCGCCUCCCUACCAGGGAUUGGCACGAUCAGGCCCCCUCACUCUUUACUGAAGACUCCUUCUGCUCCUCCGGCCCUCCAGCUUGGCAGCGGCUUCCAGCACUGGGCAGGUUUGCCUUGCCCUUGCACUAUCUGUCAAAUGCCCCCUCCGCCACACCUGUCUGCCCUCACCACAGCCAACAUGAGCAGGAUCUCAGCAGAAUCCAAGGACUUACUGAAGUGACUGUAACUGAAAGCUCCAGAGCCUUUUUAGCUAUACCAGAGAUCACACUUUCAAACAAGUUCUGUUGGGUGAUGCUGCAGGAAGACUCCACACACGAAGUCCUGCGUUCGCAUGCAUGCUUCUUUUCCUUUGCUGGACUCCGGUGUGUUUCCUCCCACUGACAUCCGAGCUUCUCAAAACUGCAUUUGUUGUAACAAGGGAUUAGUGUAGUAAGGACCUUACAAAGGUAAUGUUUUAGUUGGAUUCUCGGGCCAUGUUUUCUUCUUAUACUAAAACAAAAAUCCCUGUUGUAAAAACAAAACAAAAAAUGUAAAUAUUUCCUUAACGUGGAUGCAAAAAAAAAAAAGACAUGGUGGUCAUUGUACUGUUCGCAGCUGCAAAGAGACGAUGAGUUGUCUGGGGUUUGGUUUUUUGUUUGUUUGUUAGUUAGUUUUUAAAGGCAACACCUACAUUUCUGGGAAUCUUCUCUGCUCCACUCCAGGAUAUGACAGCUAGGAAUUAUGAUGAUUUUUUACACAAUGUAGCUCAAAAGAAUGCAUGCAUGCUUAUAAUUGAAUCUCGUUUAAACAUGUUGUACUGGCAAUGGUGCAGUUUUCCUUGUAACAAGGAUUUAAUAGUGAAUUCUCUAAAGCGUUUCAUUUCCUUUCCCGUCUGUGGCUGUAUAAAACAAGAAAGAGAAAUAGUGCAAAACACGCACAACAUCCCCAAAGCCUGUUUUGCCAGAUCUCCUGCUUUAAGUGCAGUGUAGUAGUCAGCUGGCUGGGUUCCACAUUGCCCCUUGAUCAGUUAUCUGCAUGCAGGGUCGACUCUGGCCGGAUUGGUCAUUGUGUUACUCCAUUGGACCUUUACUGUUGUUUUAUGUUGGGUUUUGUUAUGUUUUCCUGGGCAUUUGCUUGAAAUAUUUUGUUAGGGCCUCAAAGACAACAACGUGUCUUUAUUUUUUAUAUAUUCUUGAUAACUAUCGAUAUAUUUAUUAUGGACCAGUGUUUCUGGAUGAGAUUUCAAAUAAAAAAAUUAAAUAAAA